AUGGCGACACCUGCGGCCAGUAGCGGCACUGGCGGCAUUAGCGGCGGCGCGAGUCGGUCCUCCGGUCGCCGCGGCUCGUUGGCUCGUACGAGUGGUGCGACCGACAACAACAACUCGACAUUGGUGCAGCAUGCCCGGGCGACUACUGUUGUCGCUAUUGAUGUGGGGACGUACGGCAGCGGCUUCGCCUACGUCAUCAGUCGCCCGGGAGAGAGUUCUCGUACAGUCGUACAUACCGACUGGCCUGAUCGGCCCAACGGUGCCGCGGCCGCCGCAACCGGCGGUACGGCAGGUGGAUCCGAUAGGUCUGCGACAGCGACAGGCGCGGUGGUGCAGGAUCGUUACCCCAAGACCCGGUCCGCAUUGCUGUUGAGAGCGGGCAAGGGGUCUGCAUUUGGAUGGACUGCCGUACGCAAGUACUGCGAUAUGGACGAGCAGGAACGUACGGAAGGCAGGUACCACCUCGUCUACGGCACGGAGUUCAAAUUGGGUUUGGAGGACCGGUCGCGUGCCGCCGCCCUCCCGGCGGGCCACCUGCAACAGCAGGCAACCAAGGGCAGUCUGGGCUCCGCCUCCGCCUCCGCCUCCGCCUCCGCCGCCUCCGCCGCUCGCGGCAUGGUCCGCUGGUGCCUCACCGUACCGGCCAUGUGGAGCGACGGGGCCAAGGCGGCUGUACGGCGAGCUGCUCACCGGGCGGCGCUCAUCACCUCCCUGGACUCGGAUGAGCUGACGGUGGUUCUGGAGCCCGAGGCCGCGGCCCUGCAGCUGUCCAUUGGAGCCGACCGUCCGCUCCUCUUCCCCGCAGCCAUCACAUCACCGCUGGCAGCGGCCGCGUCGGCGCGGGCCGCACCCCUACCCACCACCCUCGUCACCGCCAGCAUUGCCGUGGGCUCGGGGGGCUCCGGAACCAGUGCUGCCACCGGAUACGGCGCCAAAGGUGCCGACGGCAGUGUUGGUGUUGGUGUUGGUGUUGGUAGUGCGGCUACGGGGGCUCUACGUGCCGGCGAGAUCUUCAUGGUGGUGGAUGCGGGCGGCGGUACGGUAGACAUCACCGUUCACGAGGUGAUAGAGCGGGGCGGUACGGCAGUCCUUUCCGAGGCACAGGCGGUUCCUGGCUGGGGGGCCAUGUGGGGGGCCACGGCGCUAGAUGAGGCGUUCAAAGCGCACUUUCGGAGCAAGGCAAAGGACCUGGCGCCAGCUGGUGUGCGCGCUGAGGGAGACGGUAACGAGGACGGCGGCGAGGAGGUGGACGACUGGGAGGGCGGUGGCGGCGGUCUGGGUCGUUGGGGGGGUCGGGACACCUGGCGGGUGCCGAUUCCCCCCACCCUGCACGCGGCGAUGGAUGCGGGCGUUAAAGCAGAUUUGUUGAUGGAGUACGGCCUGGACGAUUCGGUGGUUCUGGACCGCCAGACCCUCGCGAGGUUGUUCCGCGAUCCGGUGUACGGCGUUACCCAGGCUGCCAACCGGCAGCUGGACGUCCUGGCGGCGGCGCCCAACGCCCCCGCGGCGAGAUGCAGCAAGGUGAUUUUGGCUGGCGGCUUUGGUUGCUCGCGUUACCUGGAGUCGCAGCUAGCGGCGGCGGUAGGCGGCCGCCUGGCCCCGGGGGGCGGGGUACUGGUUCCGGAGCGCGCUGCAGCGGCUGUACUGCAAGGUGCUGCAUUGUACGGCAUGAAGCCUGAGCUUGUUCGGGCGCGCUCGAGCCGCCUGACGUAUGGGCUGGUGGAGGUGGACGAGGUGGUUACGCACGUGUUCACCCCGCUGAGCCCGGAUCAACAGAUCGCCUCCGUGGAGCUGUGGGCCACCGACCAGCAGACCGUCAGGUGGAUAGAGGCGGAGGAUAUCGCAGCGGAGUCCGCGAGGGGACGGCGGGGGGCGGCGGAAGCAGGGGCUCUCGGCGGCGGCGGCGGCGGCGGCAGUGGAGACGACGGUGACAACGGCGGCAGCACGACCGGCAUGCGGCGAGUUGGCAAUUUGGAGAGGAGGAUGGAUACGAAUCAUGCUGAUCGAGACCAUGUGCGCAUGUGCCGUGUUGUCGUCAUCGGCGGCAUUACCUUCACGUCGCUGGUACGGGGGCAGGUGCUGCUGCUUCGUGAUGAUCCGCUACCAACCGCGACACAUGUGGCGGUGAGCGGUGCUGCGGCGGCGGCUUCCGUACGAGUUGGCGAUAGGGGAGAUGGAAUCGGCACUGGCGGCAGUGGAAGCAGCGACGGCGAGGAGCCGGAAGAACGACUGAUCGAGGUCUCGCUGGAAUUCGGCCGUACGGAGAUCCGCGUGACGGCCCGCGACAUGCUGACGGGGCGCCGCUACUCUACGAGAGUCAAGUUCGCGUAUUCCUGGUAA